AUGGACAUAGUGGAAUACCUUGAUCAAGUGGAGGUAAAAUCACGGUUAAAACUGACUAAAACCAUAUCCCUCGCAACAGCACAACACUGGAUGAAGCAUGUUGGAUACAGGUGGUCAAAGACUCCAACAGGCCAGUUCAUUGAUGGACACAAGAGGGUUGAUGUGGUGCAAUAUCAUCAAGCAGUCUUCCUCCCCAUUUGGUGUCCUGUACACCCAGAACUCAAAGGCACCCGCAAAGUUGCCAUCUGGAAUCAUGACGAGUCCACCUAUUAUGCCAACAACCGUCGAAAAAUCAGAUGGGUUCACAAAAGUGAAACAGCCAUACCUUAUGCUAAAGGAGAGGGUCUCUUGCUGAUGGUUGCUGACAUUGUUAGCCCUGAUUAUGGAUGGCUACGUUCUCCUGAUGGAACAGAGUCUGUGCAGGUCCUGUUUAAGGUUGGGAAGGCCCGCGAGGGCUAUUUCACAUGCGAGGAUAUCCUCAAGCAGGCUUCCAAUGCCAUGGAUAUCCUUGAGCAACACUAUCCUGAUGAGGACCAUGUUAUUGUAUUUGACAAUGCAAUGACACACCUGAAGCGUGUGGACGAUGCACUGUCUGCAUGGCACAUGCCUAAAUUUUCUCCAAAAGAUGGGGACAAGUGGGAUGGUACAGAUUGGGGCAACGAAAGAUGGUGCACUGUUAAAAAAAAGGUUCCAAUGGGGGAUGGCAAGUUUGCAGAUGGAUUGCCGCAGUCGCUGUAUUAUCUGGAGGGCCACAAGCAUGCUGGAGUGUUCAAAGGGAUGGGAAUGAUACUUGAAGACACAUGGCUUUCGUGCAAUUUUCUUGAGCAAUGUUGGGGCUACUCAAAAUGGAUCUAUCACAAACUUCCCACAUCGUCAAAAGAAAUUGAUCUUGAACAAAAUGUUGUUGAGUCUUUGGACUCAGUUCCACUGCUUGCCAUUCGUUGGUUUUCCACUCGCUCAUUGAGAUUCAUGGAUGCCUAUAGACAAGGACUCAAUGGUAAGCAAGCAGCAUGGGCCUUGAAGAAGUACCAUGGUCACCGAACUUUACCUGAAACAAUUAUGUGA